AUGUCUCUCGCCCGCAUACUGCUCGCCUCUGGCGCGCUGGCCCGUCUCGCCUCGGCCAUUGACCUCACCGAUCCGCUCGACGGCUGCCCCCCGGCGGCACGUUCCAUUGCCACGCACGAGAGCGUCUUCAACUCGACGGGCGAGACCUCGUUCCGCCUCUCCAACCAGUCGUCGUCGUCGUCGGCGGACUGGUACCUGGCGCUCGCCUUCCGCGACGAGCGCGCGCAAAACGCCCUUUACGGGCUCAGCCCGAACCGGCAGACGCUCGGCGUCAUCGUCAGCGUGCCGGAGAGCGUGCCCGGCAGCGCGGCCGGCGCGCACACGGGCCUCUGCGUCUACCGCCUCGAGCAGCAGGACGCGGCGGCCAACGCGCAGGCCUCAUGCGCUGGCGUCCUGAGCGCGGCGUGCAUCGCGGCGCUCGAGAGCGUGCCGGCCGCGAGUGACGGCUCCUGCCCCGUGCCGGACGUCUCGGGCGCGUGCGGCGGUGCCAAGGUUGUUGGGUCCACCACGACGCCGCUCGUCUUCAACAACACGCUGUGCUCUACAAACGCCACCAUCCCCGACUCCGACGCCAUCCCCGACGGCUACCAGAGCUACGUCACGUUUGCGUCGGGUGAGCUCAACAGGACCGACGACAGCCGGACCUCGUACACCGUGUACAACGAGCACAUCCAGCGGCCCGCGCCCAUCCUCAUCACCGCACGGUUCGGCGCCGGCCAGGCCAACGCCACCACCCAGGCCAAGCUGUUUUGCCUCGCGCCGAGCAAAGUCCUCCAGGGCAGCCGCGGUGCCGUCGUGAGUACCGGCGGCGCCGCCGGCACCGCAGCCCUCGCCAAGCCGGUGCUGUUGGUCAGCCUGCUGGCGAGCAUCCUGGCCAUGGCUCUGUAA